AUGUCGCUGUGCCCAGCACCUCAGGGUGGGGGGGACCUGAGUGAGGCUCGGCCCUACAAAGGCACGCAGCCCCCAGCCCCACACCUCCACGGCCACCACCAUGGCACCACAGCCCGUGAGCUCGGGCCCCAGAGGCGGGCAGCGCGAGGGCAGAGGCCCCAGAACAUUCCACAGCAGCGCCAGCCUGUUCCGACCCUCACUGCCCUGGGGGUCCGUACACGGGCCCCAACUCUCUGGGUGAACCCCCCUGCCCCAGCCCAGGCAUGCUCCCCAAUGCCCAGAACGCCUGCCCUGGGGCGGUCAGCCUGUCUAGGACUGAACUCUCAGGGACCCAGGCCCGGGGAGGCCAGAAACCCAGCCAGGACCCCGUGCCGGGAGGAGGGGCCCUCAGGCCCCGGAGGACCCCCACCUCAGGAUAGAACAGAGCCACCUAAACUCCGGAGAAAUGCCGGGCCCCGCCCCUGCCCAGGCGACCCCUCCCAGCCCAGCGCCGUCCUGCCCGUGGCUCUGCAGCCUGGCCGCCCAACGGCCGCUCCCUGUGACCCUGGCCCCUCUGCCCAGGCCGUAUGGGGUCGCUGUGGGGCCAGCGCCCUUGCAGGUCCCGGUCCCUUGCCCUUGCCACCACGGCCUGGGAUGCGCGUCCCCCUCUGCGCACCCCCCCAGGACGGCUUCCCCACUGCCCGACACCACCGUCCAGCCUCGGACGCAGCCCCAGGAAGCUCCCGGGCGUCACUGCCCCGAGCUGUGAGUGGCCGAGCACAGGAGCCCCUGCGGCCCGCGCUCAGGCACAUCGGGACCCUGAGUGCUGGGGCCCCUGAGCAGCCCCUGCAGGUGCCCGGGAGCUGGGCUUCGGACCCUGCAAUGGUGGGUGAGGCCCGGGCCGGCGGGGACGCGGGGCUGCGCCGCCUCCUGAGGCUGCACCGCACGGAGAUCGCCAUGGCUGUGGACUGCGCCUUCCCGCUGCUGCACGCGCUGGCUGACCACGACGUGGUCCCCGAGGACAAGUUUCAGGAGACCCUGCGUCUGAAGGAGAAGGAAGGCUGCCCGCAGGCCUUCCACGCGCUCCUCUCGUGGCUCCUGACCCAGGACGCGGCUGCCAUCCUGGACUUCUGGAGGGUUCUGUUUAAGGACUACAAUGUGGAGAGAUACGCCCGGCUGCAGCCCAUCCUAGACAGCUUCCCCAAAGACAUAGACCUCAGCCAGCCCCGGAAGGGGAGGAAGCCCCCGCCAGGCCCCAAGGCCGCGGCGCUGCUGCCCAGACCCGCUGCCAAGAGGAAGGUUCCAGAGGAGCCCAGGGCCACCCCGCCAGCAACACUGUCUCCAAGGGUCACCUCUAGCCCAGGCUCCCAGGCCAAGGCCAAGCCCAGGAAGCCCGAGAGCAGCGCAGAGCCGCAGCGCCUCCCGCUGGGGAAUGGAAUUCAGACCAUGUCCACUUCGGUCCAGAGAGCCGUGACCGUGUCGUCCGGGGAUGUCCCAGGAGCCUGUGGGGCCCUGGAGGGGAUCCUCAUCCAGCAGGUGUUUGAGUCAGGUGGCUCCAAGAAGUGCAUCCAGGUGGGGGGGGAGUUUUAUACUCCCAGCAAGUUCGAAGACCCCAGUGGGGGGAAGAACAGGACCCGUAGCAGUGGCCUGAAGACCCUGGUCCGGGCCAAGGGGGCCCAGGCUCCUGCCCCCGAAGGUGGAGGUGACCCGAGAGCAGGCCAGCCGGGCAGGGUGCAUGCCCCUCCUGCCCUCCCCAGCGAGCCCCAGCUCCAGCAGAAGAACGAGGACGAGUGCGCCGUGUGCCGGGAUGGCGGGGAGCUCAUCUGCUGUGACGGCUGCCCCCGGGCCUUCCACCUGGCCUGCCUGUCCCCGCCGCUCCACGACAUUCCCAGUGGGACCUGGAGGUGCUCCAGCUGCCUCCAGGGAAGAGCCCAGCGGGAUGCGCCCCGGGCCGAGGAACCCCCGCCCCAGGAGCCACCUGCGGAGACCCCGGUCCUCUUGGGACUGAGGCUGGCAGGAGAAGAGGUGAAGGGCCCGUCCAGGGAGCCCCCAGCUGGGAUGGACACUGCUGGCCCCUACAAGCACCCGCCGGCCCCACCUCCUGCAGCCCCCUCGCCGGUGCUGGAACCCUCCGCCCUGCGCCCCCUACUGUGUGUGGGUCCUGAGGGGCAGCAGGGCCCGGUGGCGCGGUGCGGCGUGUGCGGGGACAGCUCGGAUGUGCUGCGGUGCACGCACUGCGCUGCCGCCUUCCACUGGCGCUGCCACUUCCCUGGGGGCGCCCCCCGGCCAGGGGCCCCACGCUGCCGCUCCUGCUCCGGAGACGCCGGCCCGGCCCCCGGCGACGGGGCGCCCGCCUCGACCCCCACCCGCGCUGCGCCGGGGCCUGCCAAGGCAGGUGAUGGCUCCACUGGGCACGAGCCGGUUCUACACAGAGACGACCUGGAGUCCCUCCUAAACGAGCACUCCUUCGACGGCAUCCUGCAGUGGGCCAUCCAGAGCAUGUCCCGGCCGCUGGCCGAGGCGCCCCCCUUCCCCUCCUGA